AUGCCGUUUGGCCUGAAGAAUGCUGGUGCGACAUAUCAAAGAGCUAUGAACUUGAUCUUCCACGACAUACUGGGAAAGGUUUUAGAGAUAUAUAUCGAUGACGUAGUCGUCAAGUCUCAGAAGAAGGAGGACCAUAUCGCGGAUCUCAGGAAAGUAUUCGAGCGCAUGCGAAGACAUAGACUCAAGAUGAAUCCGGCCAAAUGCGUGUUUGGGGUCCAGGCAGGAGACUUUCUGGGGUUCAUAGUUCAUCAGCGAGGGAUUGAGGUCCCCGAAGACAAGGCGAGCGCAGUUAUCAACGCGUCUCCCCCGCGGACGAAAAAGGAAUUACAGCGUCUGUUGGGUAAGAUCAAUUUCCUAAGACGCUUUAUCUCUAACUCUGCAGGCAAAAUCCAACCGUUCUCGCCAUUACUAAGGUUACAAGGGCAGAAUGAGUUUGUGUGGGAGGCUAAACAUCAAGAGGCUUUCGACAGUAUCAAGGCCUAUUUGGCAAGCCCACCAGUCUUGGUUCCACCCAGAGCCGGGAUCCCAUUAAAGCUAUACAUUUCAGCAGCUGAGGCCUCCAUCGGCAGCCUGCUCGCUCAGGACGAUGAGGGAGGUGUCGAGCAUGCUAUAUUUUACCUUAGCCGCACAUUGACAGACUGCGAGACAAGGUACACCCCUAUGGAGAAGCUGUGCCUCACUCUGUACUUUUCAAAAGCUGUCAAAGGGCAGGCCAUCGCAGACUUUCUCGCACAUCAUCCUACAUUAGAGAUACCCGCACUGAAGGAGUUAGAGAUUGCCUGCACCAAUACAACUCGACCAGAUUUGGCGUGCAUCCCUGAGUACGCGGUUUGUUACCAAGCUACAGUUUCCUUGCAGCCUUGGGUAUUAUUCUUUGAUGGCUCAAGAACGGACACACUGGCUGGCGCGGGGAUUGUUCUGGAAAACCCGGCUGGUGACCGCUUCUCUUAUUCGUUCCAGCUAACAUUCCAAUGUACUAAUAAUCAGGCUGAAUAUGAAGCUCUUAUCAUUGGACUCGAAGUCUUGCUAGAAAUGGGCGUACGGGACGUUCAGAUUCGCGGCGAUUCUCAACUCGUCAUAAACCAGCUCCAGGAAAAAUAUCGCUGUGCGAGUUGGUUGCUCAUGCCAUAUCUGAAUCGAGCCAUCGAGCUUCUGGACCAAUUUACCGAUGUCGAUCUGGAACAUAUACCACGCGAGCGUAACUUUGCAGCUAAUGAGCUCGCUCAAUUGGCCACAGGAAUCACAUUGAAGUAUGGAGUGCGCGAGCGCAUUUUGAAAGUUGAGCGUCGCACAUUACCUUCGUGGCUUGCCCGACCUGAUCCACCAGAUGAUCCCGUAGUCGCGGUACUAGAACCUAUUGAUGUGGAUUGGCGAAUCCCGCUGAUUGAGUACCUCAAACAACCAGAUCACGGAGCUGACAGGAGGAUUCGCUUCCUCGCAUUGAACUACUUCCUUAGAGGAGAUGAAUUGCGACGACGUGGGGAGGAUGGUAUAGAUUUUCGAUGUGUCUAUGGUCGCGAAGCUAAACGAUUGAUGCGCAAGGUGCACACGGGGAUAUGUGGAGCCCAUCAAGCUGGACCUAAGAUGCGCUGGCUUCUGCGACGUCAUGGUUAUUAUUGGCCCAGCAUUUUGAAGGAUUGUAUCGCAUUUGCCAAAGGUUGUGAGGACUGUCAAGCACAUGGUCCAGUCCAGUUUGGUAUCCCUGAGGUGCUGGUUUCGGACAGGGGGGCAGCGUUUAUGGGAGGCCCCGUCGAGGAACUGGCAGGAGUUGGGGUCCGGAGCGAGCGCGACUCACAACCACAUCUACCUCCUGGGGAAAAACAAAAGUCUAGUGCCCAGGCCCCGGAGGUAGACCGCGGGAGAAGAACAGUCGGCCUCAACGUGGCCUUCCGCCCUUCUGCCCCAUGCUCCUAG